AUGAGUGUUGACUCUGUGUCCACACUCUUUCAGUGGGCAAGACACACUCUACUAAAGGAAGAAGCUUUAGCCAUUUCUUCUCUGGAGGAACUGCCCAGUCACCUACUUCCAGAGAUGUUCAAGGGGGCCUUCACCAGCAGGCGUACAAAGGUCCUAAAGGCAAUGGUGUCUGCCUGGCCCUUCCCAUGUCUUCCUGUAGGAGCUCUGAUAGAUGACCCUCACCUGGAGACUUUGAAAGCACUGCUUGAUGGGUUGGAUGUCCUAGUAACCCAGAAGGUUUAUUCCCGUAGGUGCAAACUCAGAGUGCUUGAUUUGAGAAGGAAUGUGCACCACGACUUCUGGAACAUAUGGACUGGAUCCCAUGAAGAUCACUACUCACCACAGAUCUUGGCACAGAAAAAGCCAGUAGAGACCUGUCCUAACCUCAGAAGGAAAAUACAUUUUAAGGUGGUAACUGAUUUUGAAGUCAUGAAGGCCAGUUUUGAUGAGUGGACCAUAUACUUGUUGCAGUGGGUCCAGCAGAGAAAAGCUUCCAUUCAUCUAUGCUGCAGGAAACUGCACAUUUGUGCCUCACCAGUCUCUACUGUCAUAAAUUUCUUUAAAUUGGUUGAUUUAAACUGUAUCCUGGAGUUGAGGCUGAGUCAGUGGUGUCUCCUAGAAGACCGUCUUGAAUUCCUGGAAGACCUUGUUCCUUACCUGGAGCAGAUGAGUAAUCUUCGCACCCUCAUGUUAGAGGGAAUUAAGAAGUCCUUCAGUUUUGUUGCUUGUGAAGACCGGGACGACAAGUGGCAAAGCAUGUUGCUUUCUCUGCUCUCCAACUUCAACUGUCUCAAGAAUCUCUAUUUGAAUGAUAUCUACCUUCUAGAAGACUCCCUUGACAAGUGGCUCAGCUGCCUGACGAAGCCUUUGGAGACCUUGUCAAUUGUGGACUGCCCUCGGCUCUUACAGUCAGACUUUGAGUACCUGCCCAAUUGUCUGAAUAUUUGUAAGCUCAAGCAUCUGAACCUGAAUGCUCUCUUUCUAUCUGAUGUAGGCUAUGAGCUUCCCGGGCUCAUCCUUGAGAACAUUACAAGUACCCUGCAAAUUCUGGAACUGGAGCGGUGUGGAAUGAAUGACUCUCAUUUCAAAGCCCUCUUGCCUGCCCUGAGCAAAUGCUCCAAGCUCUUCAAAGUCAGCUUCUCUCAUAAUUACAUCUCUCUGUUUGUCCUGAAGAGCCUUCUUUGUCACACAGCCAAGCUGAGCCAGUUGACCCAGGAGCUGUACCCUGCCCCUCUGGAAUGCUAUGAUGGUUUCAAGAUACUUAAAGACAGAUUUAAGCAACUUUGUCCAGAGCUGAUGGACAUAAUUAGGGCCCAAAGGCAGCCCAAGAAAGUCUCCUUUGCUACUCGUACCUGCUUGGAGUGUUUACAUUCCUGUCAUUAUCAUUAUAACAUAGAGUACACAGAAUGCCUUUGUCAGUGUCUUUGUUAG